AUGCAAUUUAACUGUGAAGUUGCUGCAAAAGUAUUACAACUUAAUCUUGCUAAAAAAACUCGUUUUCUUUACCUUAACACUCUUCACACUAGAAAAUCAAUUAAGAAUUUAUUAAUAUAUGAAAAAAAACAUACUAAACAAGUAUCAGAAUUGGCUGUUUCUAAUUUAGUCAAACAUGCUCAACAAACAA